GUUUUUAGAGUGAGUUCGCACAUACACAUACGAACAUAGCUAGUUGUUUCGUUUAUCCCUACUCCUCCUACCUUUUCGCUCCUUCCUCUUGUCAAACGAAAAUUACAUUCGAAGGAGAAAAUCUGAAAAGGUAAAAAAUAUGCCAGAAAUGACAGAAGUCGACAAACCCGUAGUUGCAGAGGCGAAACCAGAACAAAGUGAAUCUUCCACAGACAGCGAUUCCGAUGAAGAAAUUCCAGAAUUAGAAGAUGCCGGAACAAAUGCUGCUGCAGCGGCCUUUCCCGGAGCCGCCGCAGCCGGUUUACCUGUCGAUCCAGGUCUUUCAAAAGCUAAACAGUCUCGAGGCGAAAAGAAGGCCAGAAAAAUAAUGUCUAAGCUUGGGUUGAAGCCUGUACAAGGUGUUAAUAGAGUAACGAUCCGUAAAUCCAAAAAUAUUCUUUUUGUUAUUAACAAACCUGAUGUAUACAAGAACCCCGUCAGUGAUACCUACAUAGUAUUUGGUGAAGCUAAAAUUGAAGAUCUGUCACAGCAAGCUCAAGUUGCUGCAGCUGAGAAAUUCAAGGAAGUGAAUCCAGCUGGAGAUGCUGCUGCAGGAACUACAACAACAUCAGUUGCACCUAUUGCUGAAGAGUCUGAAGAUGAAGAGGUUGAUGAAUCUGGAGUAGAAGAAAAAGAUGUUGAACUGGUAAUGUCACAGGCAAACGUCAGUCGAACUAAAGCCAUAAAAGCACUGAAAAAUAAUAGCAAUGACAUAGUGAAUGCCAUUAUGGAGCUCACGAUGUGAGCUUAUUAAGAACCUCUUGAAUAUCCCUUUUAAUUUGUUACGGCAGUAUGUAAGACUUCAGUGUAAAUAAGUACAAUAAAAUUUAAAAACCUAUUUCAUUUCUUUUAUU